AUGAAAGGAAAGGGGCUUUUUCCUUUCUUUUUCAGCAAGAAAGCCGUACUGAAGAAGAUUUGCACACUUUGUAAGAAAACUACCGGAAAGAAUCUGGAAGCUCGAUCGGCCGUGGCCGUUAUCAGUUCUGUGCAAUCUGACUUGACCUUGCCUAAUGUGUUGUUUGAAUGUUUACUUUUGUCCCUAGCGCUAUUCAUCAUGGCCGAUCAAUUCUCCUAUCCCGGAAUGCAACAACAGGCACAUCCCGGCGGCUAUCCUCAAUUCCACUAUCCAACGGCUAGCGGCGAUCAAAACGCGCAGCUUCUGCAGGGUUACGCUCUGCCCCAGCAAGGAAAUGCUGGUGCGGGGGCAGUUCCAGGGGCCAUGUUUGGUGCACAGUCGGCUGCGUCAUACAGCUUCGAUCAGUCGGCUGGUGGUUAUACUCAGUCCUCAUCAGUGCCGGUUUGCCAAGUGGGUCCUGGUUCACAGGUACCAAUGCAGCCAGCGGCCGGAGGCUUCGCAUACCCGGAUUUUUCCGGUUCUUUCAAUCAGUAUGCAGGAAUGGGACAGAAUGUCCCUCCCGGUCUAGCAGCAAUGCAGGCUGAUAUGCAACAGUUUGGGCCCCUGAUGACUAAUGCCUUUGGCCAACCAAUGUCUGCCAAUGGUGCGAUAUUGGAAGCAAUCGCGCACGAGCAAGGUCUUGCUGGUGAGUAUCAUGUUCAUCUCACACUAUGGCGUGUUUAG